AUGGCCGACCAGACUCCUGACUCGUGGGAGGAUGAACUCUCCAGACAGACCGAGGGCGUUAACCUGAAUCAGAACGCACAAUAUCGCCCUCAGGCUCAAGCGCCUACCUUCCACCCCGGCGCUGCUUCCUUCCAGCCUGGUGCCGCUACUUUCGUCCCCGGCCAGUCCUACGGCGGGUAUGGCGGUUUCCCCCAAUACGGCCAGCAGUACGGCCAGCAGGCCUACGGCCAAUACCAGGGCUAUGACCAGCAGCAAGCCUAUGGCCAAUACGGUGCCUACGGUCAGCAACCCGGUGCUUACCAGCAAUACCCCGGUUUCAAUCAACAGCAGCCUCGCCAGGCUGCCCCGGCCGCUCCUCAGCCAAAGGCCCCCGUGAACACCCAGCCUGCCCAACCCGCUCCCAAGCCCGCCGCCGCCCCCGCCGCUGCUCCUCCCAAGGCCAAGGUUCUGUCGAUCGGCGGUGCCAGCAACUCCCCCGCCGCCCCCAAGACGAAGGUCCUCUCGAUCGGCACCCCCUCUCCCGCUCCUUCCUCGAACACUCCUUCCUCGGGGGCCGCUACUCCUGGUGACUCCAAGGGUCCCCAGGCUGCCACCGCUGCCAACAAGGUGACCGCCAGCAAGGCGAUUGAUAAGACCGAGAAGAAGGCGGAACAGAAGGCUAGCGGCAAAUCCUCUCCCACGCCUUCGGGCCGCUCCAGCCCUGGUCGGUCGAGCCCGUCGCGAGGUGAGGCCGCAAAGGCUGCCCGUGACGCGAACGCCGUCGCGAUGGAGCAGCAGGCCGAUGUGGAUGAGUCGACAUUGAAGGAAAUCUACGGUGAAAAGAAGGAGCACGUGAACAUUGUGUUCAUCGGACACGUUGACGCUGGAAAGUCUACUCUGGGUGGAUCCAUCCUCUAUGUCACCGGUAUGGUGGAUGAGCGCACUCUGGACAAGUACAAGAGGGAUGCCAAGGAAGCCGGUCGUGAGACCUGGUACCUUUCAUGGGCCCUGGAUCUUACCAAUGAGGAACGUGCUAAGGGCAAGACUGUCGAGGUUGGUCGUGCUCACUUCAAGGUCGACGUGCCGUCGCCCGAGGGAACCAUUGAGCGACACUUCUCUAUUCUGGACGCCCCCGGACACAAGUCUUACGUUCACCACAUGAUCGGUGGUGCUUCGCAGGCCGACGUCGGUGUGCUUGUUAUCUCGGCCCGUAAGGGUGAGUACGAGACGGGUUUCGAAAAGGGUGGUCAGACCCGUGAGCACGCUUUGCUUGCGCGCAACACGGGUGUUAAGAAGCUGGUCGUUGCUGUCAACAAGAUGGACGACCCUACUGUCGAGUGGAGCAAGGCUCGUUUCGAUGAGUGCACAGUCAAGGUGUCUAAAUUCCUUGAGGCUCUCGGCUACAAGAAGGACGACCUUACCUUCAUGCCCAUCUCCGCCCAGCGAACCCUCGGUAUCAAGGACCGUGUUUCGAAGGAGCUCGCGCCCUGGUACGAUGGCCCCUCGCUCAUCGAAUACUUGACAAACAUGAAGAUGCCCGAGCGUAAGAUCAACGCACCCUUCAUGAUGCCGAUCACGGCGAAGUACCGUGAUAUGGGUACCAUGGUUGAGGGCCGUAUCGAGUCCGGUGUUAUCAAGAAGAACGCGAACUGUAUCAUGAUGCCGAACCGCACGGAGAUCCAGAUUGCGGCUCUUUACGGCGAAACCGAGGAUGAGAUUCCUACCGCUACCUGCGGUGACCAGGUCCGCAUGCGUCUCCGUGGCGUGGAAGAAGAAGAUAUCCUUCCUGGAUUCGUGCUGUGCUCGCCUAAGCGUCUGGUGCACACCGUGUCCAGCUUUGAAGCCAAGAUCCGUAUCCUUGACCUGAAGAGUAUCCUUACUGCCGGUUACAACUGCGUUAUGCACGUGCACUCUGCCGUUGAAGAGGUUACCUUCGGCGCCCUCCUGCACAAGUGUGAGCCCGGUACCGGACGUAAGAGCAAGCGUCCCCCUCCGUUCGCCAGCAAGGGUCAGACCAUCAUUGCUCGUCUCGAUGUCACCAGUACCGCUGGUGCCGUGUGUGUUGAGCGCUUUGAGGACUACAACCAGAUGGGACGAUUCACUCUUCGUGACCAGGGACAAACCGUUGCCAUCGGUAUGAUCACCAAGCUCAUUAUGAACGAAGACAAAUAA